AUGAUCAUAUUGAAAAAAUUUUCAUUUUACAUAAAAUCCAGAAAAAUAAAUUCUUAUUGUCGGAGAAUAAAUUUCAAGAUUUUAAUUUAUUUACUGCUUCCUUUGAUGGAUUAAUUUCAGAAUGAUACUUCAAAUAAUAAUAAUAGGUAACUUAUUAUUAGAAAACUUUUAAGCAAAUUAUUAAAUUACAAGAUGAUAAAAAAGAGAUAUUUUUAAUAUAAUAUAUCCCUUUGGAAAUUUUCUAAGAACCGUAAAUGAAAAUAAACAACGCAAAAUUUUUGAAUCUUAAGAAUCUUAAUAAACCUUUACAUAUUUUAAAUCAUCACACGU